GUGAACGUGGUUCCAUAUUCUGCCAGGGCCUGUAAAUGAAUCGAGUCUUUUAUGAAUCCUCUCAGUGUGAAAUAGCGGCUUUGGUUAGAAGGUGGCGUUUACCACGAGGCCACACGGGGAGUUUGGAUUUCACCGUUGAAAGCAGUAAAUCAUGGCUGAGCAUGAACCAACCCCGGAGCAGCUAGCAGCCAUCGCUGCCGAGAACGAAGAGAGCGAGGUUGUGAACUACAAGCCACCGGCACAGAAGAGCCUGCAGGAGAUCCAGGAACUGGACAAGGAUGAUGAGAGCCUGCGCAAGUACAAAGAGGCUUUGCUCGGCUCAACCUCUGUGUCCAUAGAUCCCAACGCUCCCAACGUCCAAGUGACACGACUAACUUUAAUGUGUGAGACGGCCCCUGCUCCUCUGACCCUUGACCUGCAAGGAGAUCUGGAGAGCUUCAAAAAGCAGUCGUUUAUACUUAAAGAAGGAGUGGAGUACAGGAUAAAGAUCAGCUUCAAGGUGAACAAGGAGAUCGUCUCAGGACUGAAGUAUGUACAACAGACCUUUAGGAAAGGGGUGAAGCUUGACAAGUCUGACUACAUGGUGGGAAGUUAUGGGCCUCGGCCAAACGAGUACGAGUUCCUCACCCCUCUGGAGGAGGCGCCGAAGGGUCUUCUGGCCCGCGGCACCUACAACAUAAAGUCCAAGUUUACCGACGACGACAAGCACGACCACCUGUCCUGGGAGUGGAACCUCAACAUCAAGAAGGACUGGAAAGACUAAGCCGCUCCCGAACCUCAGCUGCUUUUCCUCUCCAUCGUUUUCCAUUCUUUCUCCCUCUCUUUCCUCCACAUUUCCUUCAUGCGUACCAUCAUCAUGGAAUAACUGGUUAAUCAACAAACAAAAAGGCUCUCACUCCGUCCAUCUUCCUACCAUUUGUCAUUCUUUGCAUUUGCUCUUCCCCUUCACUCCCUUCCAGUGAAUGAGUAUUGAGGAUUUUCAUGAAAAAUAUAUGUGAAAACAAACAAAAAUGUGCACAAUCCAAAUUUUGUGUUUUUGUUUUGUUUGUAUAUAAAAGUUUAAAAAAAAAAAAAAAAACCGAGAGGAAAAAAUGUUCAAAAACAUGAAUGCUUUUGACAUGGCUGUUGGUAAUCUUCACAUCCCCCAUGCUUAUCCUUCCGUGUCCUUUACCCUACCCAUGUGUGUCCUACAUGCAUAUUUCCUUACAUUCCUUUUCUCUUUAUUCUUUUUUUUUAAUUAUUUUUUUUUAACCAUAAUCUGCCUUGAUUAAAAGUAAAGGAAAUGGUGCCGCUUACUAAUGUUUUGCCACUGGCAGAGCUAUUGGCUUUCCUCAACACUAUACAUGUGGGGAAAGUGAUGUUUGUUCCUUUUUGAGAUAAUCUGUGUGCAGUGGUUAGCGUGGCUGGUUAUAGCUGACAUUGAAAAUCUGUUCCUAGCAGGGACUUGUUUGCAUGUGGAUAAUGUAGUGUUUCAAAGAUGUAGCUGUCUUUAUUGCAAAUGUGGUGACCUAUCCACUAGAGGAGCUCCACUGAUCAGCCUUCCUGGUAGUGGCCUGUGUGUCUUCUUGACCAUUUUUUUAUUUUAUUUUAUUUUAUUUUAUUUUUUAUAUGUGGCCUUAAGAAAUUAUUCCUGUAGCAUGAUGUUGAGGAAGUUCUUGCCUUUUGAAGUGUAACCGUUAUAAAUAUCCAAUCAUUCCCCCAUGGCUGGAGUCAAAGGUGCUCACUUUGAUUACUGCUGCUUCCGCUUGGGAAGGAUCAUUUCAUCUGGUGCCUCAUCCACUCAGUUUUUUCAGGAUAAACCAAAACAUGAAGGCGAGUAGAAACAGAAAUAGGUGAACUAUGCUGAAAAAUCAACUCAAUUUUGGUCCCCCUCUAUCUUCUCUUGCCUUUAUUGCUUUCACUUCUACUUUCUGUCCAGUGAAAUUCUCUCUCCCAAAUGUGUCCAUUUCUAAAGCGGGCAUGUUCUUACUUUGUGAAUUGUGCCCUUGUGGUCUACGCAAGUUGUCAUUGAGUGCUAAAGAGAUUUCUCGAAGCAGAAAGGGCUGUUUUCACUUGCAGACCUCGACUAUUAAAUGCUUCAGCUAAAAAUUAACAUCACUGGCUGUGCCUCCACUAUUUACCAUCACAAGCUGCUUUAUCAAGACCUCUGAAACAUAAACACAAAACUCUAACUGAGGUCUGGGUAGGUGAGAUGGACAAUACUGAUCUGGGGGAGGUGUUCUUUCAAUCUGGAUGCAGUGUAGACUUCUUUCACUUCAGUCCUCCAGUGUAGCCGUUAUCACCUUAAAGUUUAAUCUCAGAACAGUGAAUGCGUUCGGUAUUCUACACACUUUUACGUCGACAGCGUUGCCUGUAAUGUUGCGUGGAGAUUUUUAGCACUUGCUUCUUCCUUUGUACUUCUGUCAUUCUAUCACUGUGGAAGGAGAUUACUGUUCAUCUGUGUCAACAUUAAAAGUGUUCAAAAUGA